AUGGUUGCUGCCGCCGUUCACGGUCUGCUUGAUGAGUCGGUCACCAAAGCGGCUGCUUCAACGACCAUUUCUUCUUUACGGCAAGCCUUGCAGGCUAUGAAUCGUUUACAAGAGGCUUCCUCUCUCCUUUACUUCGAAGUUCAGCUUAUUGCAAUCCCGGAGGAAGCAAUGCAUCGGCUUCAAAGUUUUUUAAAUGUUCUGAACGGCGAUAUGUGGGAUGUAGAGAGGGCUCUCACUUUGGCUGAGAUUUUUAAACUUCAACUCCAAUCUUCUGAUGAUACAGUUCGCUCAAAGGCUGAAGACACGUUUAAAGAAGCACAAGAACUUUUUAACAAAGUUUCCCAUGCUUUCGGUAACAUUAACUUGGAUUUUACUCGCAUUUCUUUUGGUCACACAUUUUCGACCGAAGAAAAAUUCGUUCAAAUACUUAAUCUCGUGGGAAAAUAUUUCGAAGUCAACCAUUAUGGGCAAAUGAUGUUAUGCCUCACAACUGCUCUCUCUGAGCAAGUUGAUGCCUAUGUCGAGCAAGUCAAAUAUGCGAUCGAGCUCCAGCAGCAGUUGGCCGAUGAAAUGGGCAGUGAAAUGAUACAAACCGCUAUUCUGAUGCGCGCCGCAGGCUCAGCUAAUUUGAAUGCGUCGGAAUAUGGUUUCGCGCUUAAUGCCUUGGAGCCUCAAUACAUGAACCUUCCGGAAGAGGUUGAUCCAAAGAGCCACGCACUCUUGGCAAGCAUCAUGUCAAUGAUAUAUGGAAGUUUUGGAAACAAUAUGGAAGCUCUUAAGGCCGCAGAAGAGAGCCUAGAGAUUGCAAAGUCUGGACAAUCUUAUAAAGCUUGCUCAGACGCUGCUUUCAUCUUGGGGCUUCGUCAUCUCUCUAUCUCUGAGCAGUACCCAAGAAAAUCCGCCGAAGACAUCAAGUGGCUGUCAUCAGCUAUGGAUAUUCUAAAAGAGUGGAUUGAAAGUGACGCUGAUAAUGGCUAUACUGAUGGAGAGGUCCAAAAGUGUAUGCUGGUUGGUAAAUGGGAGAAUUUGCGAGCAUCCGACGACCCGGAACUGAAGUUUACACCAGUUGAGAAACCAUGGAUUGAAAGAGUGAAGAAACUUUUACCAAGCCAAACAGAUGUCCUGAAACGAAGCGAACUUCUAGACCUCGAAGUCAGCAUGCUAAUGCGCCAAGGGAAUUUUUUGGAGAGCUCGAAACUAUCGACGGAUUAUCUCAACGAUCUUGAUAAGCUGCCAUUUGUGCCGCCGAUGAUUAAAGCGCAGGCGUACUCGAGAGAUGCUCACCAGGCAUGGCUUUGUUCCCGAGCAAUAGUGGGUGAAAAUAAAACUACCACUGCAGAAGAACGACUCCAUGCCACAACACAGCUAUUGUCCGCGCUAGACCUGGCAAAUAAAUCGCUUCAGCAAUGGCGACAAACCAGCAGCUCUGAGUUGAUCAUUCGCAGCACUCUAGCUCUUGGCAGUCUGCUUUCAGACAUACUAUCGACGAUUUCAGAAGAUUUAGAGCGUGAUUUACUCAGUGGAUUCAUGGAUGAACUGCAAAAAACAGAAACAAUAUGCGACGAUAUGAGACGAAGCGUCAUACCCAUUGAAGGCCUGACCUCUUUGAUGAAUAAAAGACUUCUGGUCGCCAAGGAUUCGAGCCUCAAGAUAUACAAGCUAGGAGUCCGCAUAGCUUUACGUCUCAAUGACUCAGCUCAAGCUUGGACAUGGCUACAAAAAGGAAAGUCCAGGGCAUUCUCAGACUCUCUCGGCGCAAAACUAUUAGUUCCGCAAAAUUUACUGCAGAGAAUCAAUAGCGAUCAAACAGCCUGUGACCUUUUGAAGGCGGAACAAAUGCAUUUAGACGCCCUAAACCAGCCUGGAGUAAAUCACAUUCUUGUAGCGCGGGAACUUACUUCGAUCAGGAAACGCGUUCAAGAGUAUCCUCCACUAGCUGAGAUUGCUCGAAUCAGAAAUACGACGCUGAAUCUGGAAAUAGAUCCAGUGUGUCUUGAUAUGGCACUUUCUAGGACAAAUCUUUCCCGAGAAAGAGUAAAAUUUGUCGACUGGUAUGUUCCGUCAUCGAAAACAAAGGAAAAUCCGCAGAUAAUAUGCUUUGUACGGACAUUAGACGGUACGACCCGGACGAAGCAGUUGGCUAUAUCUGUUACUCAGGUAGAAGCAUGGAUUUCUAAAGCCUUCACAUACCCUGAUAUGGCUGAACAUCCUCUAAACAAAAAGACGGGCAAUCGUCUACUCCAGGAGAUGAAUGCUCUUGUCGACUGGCUGACAGAUUACUCGGCGGAAGGUGAUCUUUUAGUGCUCUCUCCAUCAGGGCAACUAAAUAACGUACCGCUACACGCCUUAUUUAUCGAAAGAAGACCAUUAGUUGAGCGCAAUCUGGUAGUUUACGCAUCCAGCGCAGCGGUAAUGAGCCAGUGUUUAGACCGUAGCGCCUCCGAAAGGAGUUGCGAAGAACGGAAUACAGGAGAAACUACAGCCUUUUUCGCAGUGUACGAAGAGCCUCUUCAUGUCAAUGAGCGCAAUCUUAUAUUCAGUCACAUUCAAACCCUUUCCACAGUUCUACCAGGAAAUGUUUUCCUCGGACCCGAAGUAACAAAAUCGCGUUUUAUUGAGACAUCCUCCACAGCUACAUGGUUGCACUAUCACGGCCAUGCUCGCUAUUGCAAAGAAGAUGUUCUUCAAUCGUCACUCAUUUUGAGCAAUGGAGAAGAUAUUUUCGAUAAUAGCAAUGCUGAAAACCUCCUUCUAGGAAGAGAUGAGCUCUCCGUUGUUGACUUGUUCAAUACCACUUUGCCGCAAGGAGGCGUGCACUUUACAAUCAUUGCCUGCGAAUCAGCCACUCAGGACUUAUCUCCUGGAGAUGAACCUCUAGGGAUUAUCCCAGCUCUGCUUCAUGCUGGGGCCACUUCAGUUUUAGGAUGUCAGUGGCCCAUCAAAAGCUCUGCAGGUCGUGCAUUUAGCGAAGCCUUCUACGACGAAGUGAGGUAUAUGAGGAGCAUAACGAUAGGCGGUAACCAAACAGUGAACUUGGCCCAAGCAUUGGGUAUCACUGUCGGGAAGAUGAGACGCGGUGAGCUCGGAGUACAGUAUAAACAAGCGUACUGCUGGGCUUCGAUUGCGAUGCAUGGCCUGUGGUUCUUUCCGAGUUUCAAUGGUGGAACAUGA